AUGACGGCUGUAGUUGUCGAGGAGAUUCGGCCUAGGGGCGAAAAUGCCAGUCCAGAGGACGACGUCCCGAUGGACGAUGCGCCGGCCAGCCCGACUUCUCGAAACGAUCGAGAGACGAAGCUAGCGGAGGAUCUCUUCUACGAUUCAGACGACUCGCUUGAAGAGGAGAUGAAGAAGGAGGCCGCUGCACACACUCCUCCAUCGAGCGAGGAGGAAGCUUCCAAGGGAGUGUACGUCCAUCUUGCGGAAGGACCCGCUUUCAAGGAGCUCUGUUUCGAUAUUGAUCUUACUGAUUAUGACGACGUGCGAACCUGCUGCGACAAGGCGAAUAUCUGCGAAAAGUGCUGGACCUUUAUCACGAUGGCGAUCAAGGUUGUGGAUGUUGCUCUGCGACAGGACUUUGGGUUCAAGCACAUCAUGUGGGUGUACUCUGGCCGAAGAGGUGCUCACGCGUGGAUAUCGGACUGCGCUGCGAGGACCAUGACAGAUCAGCAGAGAAAAGCCAUCGCUGGUUACCUCGAUGUGGUGAGGGGUGGCGCGCAGAAUGGUAAACGGGUGAACUUGCCUCGACCUCUCCACCCCCAUCUUUCGCGGAGUCUGGAAAUUCUCAAGACCCAUUUUGCCGAGGACGUUCUGGCUGUGCAAGACCCGUGGAGAUCUGAGGAACAGGCCGAGAAGCUGUUGCAAUUGCUACCGGACAAAUCUCUGAACGAUGCCCUGCGAAGCACAUGGGAAAAGUCACCUGGCCGCUCUUCCGUUUCCAAGUGGGCGGACAUUGACAGCGUGGCCCGCUCCGGAGCGAGCAAGCGCCUCAACGCUGACGCACUUCUCAAGGCCAAGCAAGACGUCGUCUUUGAAUACGCGUACCCUCGCCUGGAUAUUGAGGUUAGCAAGAAGCUCAACCAUUUGUUGAAGAGUCCUUUUGUCGUUCACCCCGGAACUGGCCGCGUGUGUGUUCCCAUCAACACCAAGGCCCUCGAAGAUUUCAACCCUCUCACGGUGCCGACCAUUCAGGAACUUUUGCAGGAGAUUGACGAGUGGAAGGAGGAAGAAGAAGGGGCUUCUUCCCAAGAAAACGCAAAGACUGUGCCGGAUUGGGAGAAGACGAGUCUUAAGCCUUACAUUGAGCAGUUUAGGACCUUUGUUGCGCAUCUUUUGAAGGACGAGAGGAGCCAAAAAGCAAAGAGGGAGAGGGAAGAGGGCGGCAAGAUGGAUUUCUAA